UCGGAACCAGGCGUACAGUGAAAAGAGAGAGAGAUGUGCACGAGUCUGCCAAUAAAAAUCGAUCUCUUCUGCUCUGAUUCACCCACUAGCUCAGGUCGAUAUAGCCUGCCUCUCUCCCCCCCGCUGCUCUCGUCUCUCUAUCUCUCUCCAUACACGUACGCUCGCGGCAGCCGCCAGCUUGUAUGCGUCCCUCCUCGCGCCAGAGAGUGGCCGCCUGGCUGCUCGCGCUGCCGUUGGGGAGCGGUGGAGAGGAAUGCGCGCGCCGCGGCCGACUGGAGAUGAUCUCGUUUUGGCUGCUGUGCUGGAAGCUGUUGAGAGCUACAACUGGGCUAAGGAGGACAACACCUGAGCUAACAGACGCUAACCACGACAACGGUAGCUCCAGCAGCAAUAACCCCGUCUGCCCUCCCUCUCCCCCACCGCUAGUCAGUCCAGUUACCAUGGAGAUGAGCUCAUCAGCACCGCUAAGAGACAUAGAAAGAGAGAGCCUUUUUAGCUGCCACAACCAGGAAGAGGACCAACUGUGUCUUCCUGGGGUCCGUAGGGUGGAAGACGAGGCUGUAGGAGGAGAAAAUAGGAAAGGAGAUGAGUGUGACUAUGUCAUUUUUGAGAUGGGAGAGGAGAAAGGAAGAGACCUCAGUGAAAGUGAUGGAGGAGAGGAUGAAGGGAGAGGGGAAAUAGAGGGAGAAGAUGGAAACGAAAGAGAAACAGAGAGUGAUAGCUGGGAAAGAAGAGAGAUAGAGGGAGACGAUGAAACCAGAGAGGAUACAGAGGGUGUGCAGGUGGGGGGUGGAGAAGAGGGAGAAGACCCAGGAACAAAAGACACAAAAGAAGAGGAUAGCUGGAUCAGAGGACUAGAGGAAGAUCUCCUCUUCCCCUCAGACAGUCUGCUGUAUCCUUCACCAUCUGAGCCACUAGGCGCCACCUCACAUCCUCUGGUGUCACAAGAAGUUUGGGGUCCCGACUUCACCAUCAGGGAUGACCUCAGUGACAGCCACCUCAGUGACUGCCUCCAAGCAGAGCGUGUCAUCGUGUACUCAGACAGCGAUGCAGGUGAGGACCAGUGGUCAGCUUUUGCCCCCUCUGACAUCACCAGCCAGAUCGAAGAGGAGAGGAAGAAAGAUGCACGAUUUGAAGAAGAGGAGAAGGUCAAGAGAGAGGAAGAAGACAAUGAAGUCAAAGCAGAUGCAAAAAAUCAAGAGCAGAAGAGAGAGGUGGAGGAGUACAGGGUGGGAAGAAAGGAUGAUGAUGAAGACCAGAUGAGGUUGAGGAGAGAUCUUUUCCUGCGGUCUCCUUCAGUCAGCUCCACAGCGAGCUCCACAGACCCUGACAAGAAGGUCCCUGUAGAUUUCUGCGUGCACGAAGAGACCCAAAGUGAAAAUGUCUCUACUGAGCAUGUGGACUUUCUUUUGGCCCGUCAGCAGUGGAAGAAGAUGGAAGAAGAGGUCAAAGGUCAGCCUAUCCCAAAACCGGGACUGAGAGCUCAGGGGAGCUUCCAGGGCACCCACUCGUCACUGUAUCCCCCCACUCGCAGUCCCCGGCUCAAACACAGGGAAAUUCAAAUCCCCAUGCCCAGGGAACCUCCUCUGUCCUCCACCCUGUCCCCUAGCUCAGAGGACUCAGGUCUGGAUGAUUCGUCGUACCGCAGCACCCUGGAGGAGCCCGAGACUGCAGUGGAGAGAGAGAUCCGAUUGACUCUAGAGAGAGAGGAACGACACCGCAGGGAGAGGGGGAUGAUUGCACAUGGCCUCCCAAUACCCAGGCCAUCCAGCUUGCAGACAGGACGAUCUCCACCCAGACCUCCAGCCUGCCGCACCCCGACACUCUCCAUCUCCCCAACUCCUUCCUGUUCCUCGUCCCUUCCCCGAUCUGUCUACCAUGAAAUGACAGCUAACAAUGUCAUCAUCCUGGAACCUGAUUCCUCUAGCCCCGCCUCCAGGAAUCGUCUGCUGUCUUCUGCAAUCGGCGGCCUUUCCGAUUGGCCAGCAAAUUCAGAUGCAGUGCCUUCCGCUAAUGUCAUUGUUGUAGAAACCUCCAAUCUGAUCAUUCGCAGUGCGUCUGAGUUCUGCCUAAGCUCCACCCCACUGUCUGUGGAACCGCAGGAGAGCACCUUCACGUCAAAUCCUUUUUUCAAGCUGCGCUCGCUCAGCAGCCAGUCACUGGUGGAGCAAGAGAUCAGGAUGGUGAGGCAGAGGGAGGAGGAGUGGAAAAGGCAGAGGGAGGAGAUGUGGAGGAGGAAAAGAGAGGAGGAGUGGAAGAGAGGGCGAGAGCGGUACGAUACUGUUUUGGUGUCUCCGGGUCUGAGUGAUGUUACGUGCAACGUGUCAGUGGUUCCAGACAGAAGCGUCUCCUCCCCGUCAUCCCCCUCCAGGACCCGCAAAAUAGAGCGAUCCAGUUUGUCUUGUGACCACAAGUUCCCUCCUUCCCUCUCUUCAGUGCCUCGACAACAAAAUGCCAUGGCACAGCGAUGGGAGGCCUCCCUACUAGCCAAUCAGAAGAAGUAAGCAACGGUACUGCUCAGCUGUCAGACAUUGUAAAAGCCAAAAUGAAGUCCCCUGCCUGUUUCUUCCUUUGUUCUGCUCUCAGUCGGUCCCGUGUAUCAGCAGCCAAUGUGUUUUACAACAUGUGUCAGAGCUAUGGGUUAUAGCUCAAAUGUGGGUUUUUCACCUGGACACCACAGAAGAAGAGAACUGUUUCUCAGUUUCAAUGAUUUCAGUCAUUUACCUGAGCUGGUUUUCUCACAAUGUCUCAGUGGCUUUAAAAGUCAGACUAUCUAAAAGAGUCCGACACAUUGGACCUGCCUGUAACGUCACUUUUUCCUUUAUAUAAUAAUUCCUGUGGACAGAUUCCUUAAAGUUGUAUAACAAACAUAAGUAUAUAUAAGUCUUAAUCUGCAGUCAUGAUAAUCCCACUGGUUUUAACAUGUGAUAUUUAAUGUGAAUUUUCACAUUUUAACAUUUGUGAUUUUCUCCUCGAUAUAUGAUAUUUACAGCACUUUGAUAACUAGAUAUGGCUGAGCUAAGGCACUAGUAGAACUAUUUAUUGACAUCUGUUUUAUGUGAAUGACUGACUCGAAUGCAGUGAUUUUCAAUUUUACUUCUUGGCAGUCACAUGCUCGAUUUUAAUGACUUUAUAUGUGAAAAUAUUGUAGCUAUGCAUUGCAGAGAUGCAGACAAGAUGUUGCAUGUUGUUUUCUUUACAAUAACAGUUCAUGUAUUUUAAAGGUGCCACGCCAAACUUUGAAAAUCACUGCCUUAAUGAAGUGUUACAAUGAGCCAUUGAUCCAAACAGUUUGGAUGUCCCAGGUUUCCUAAAGAGCUACUUUUGCUUCUUUGAUGAAGGUCAGUUGUUAGCACAGGUUCUGAUCAGUGUGUUAAAUAUACACUCUACCUUCCUCUAGUCCCUGAUUGGCACACGUGUCAUUUUUGAGGAAAGCUGUUCGUGUUUUAAACAGUUUAGGUAGCUUCUGUUAGGUGGCUGCAUGAUCUCGAUGAGAGCAGCUCAUAAAGGGAAGCUUGCCCUUGCAUGAUGGAUCCUCCCCCUUUAGCUUUUAACUUUAACAUUAAUAGUUUGCCUUUGGCAUCCACACUGUACUGUUUUCAUCCUCUCAGUAGUUGGCCUACAGCCUUUUUACUUUUUACUUUAGGAACCAAAAGAAAAUCUGUAAUUUCUGCUCUGCAACCUGUGUUGUUGUGUGUGCCACAGGCUUUUCUCCAUCAUGAGCCUAGCUAUCCCCCGAGAGUCCAAGGUAUAAGGACGGAGUCUACUCUCAUCUAGACUGUAGAUAAGUUCAUUAGUUUAGGUUAACUUCACACCAUCAUACAAAAAUGGACGUCAUAGAGCCUGUGUUUCAUCCUGAAGUAAAACAAAUAAGGAACAAAGAUGUAUCUCAGGAAAAGGAUUACUGUAGAGAAGUGAAAAGGUUAAAACAACAGUUAUUCAAAUAUGUUGCCAGAUAGCUUGUAGCUAAUGCCUCACCAACAACUUCCAUCUAUAAAAUGGAUGAAAGAGCUCAAGCUGAAACAAACGUUUGCACGGCCGUGUCCCCGUGCUGCUUUAUAAUCACCCCCAGACAAACACGCUUCUCCUGGAGUGAUACAACCUGCCCAAGCUGUGUAUGGCUCCACAGGUAUGGAGGCGAGGGCUCCGACCACAAGAUCUAGUCAAUAUUUUUACAGAUUUUUAUCGCCUGUCUUGAUUCUUACAAAGAGAGAUUUAUCGUAUUGUAUUUUUGCUGCAUAUAUUUAUGAACUGAGCAGUGCUUAUAAAUUCUUAAAACUUUUAUUUGUAAAAGGUUUAUAACAUAUUGUGAUGGUAAGAUUAUUGAAAACUUUCCAUGUUUUUUAGAAGCUGAUAUUUCCUUGUGGUGUGUGCGUAUGUGCACGAGUGCAUACCAAUCCGUCCUCCUUACACAUGAGACUCACACAUGAGACUCACACAUGAGACUCACACAUGAGACUCACACAUGAGUGGCUCUGGCUCCAGAGUACGUCCACUAGUUUGGAUAAAAGGUGCGUUCAAGUCAGCUCAGGAUGCAGGAUUUUUCUGUCACGGGGGAACAACACCAGACAGGAAUGCAGCAGAUUGUUAUUUUAGCUGUGCUACACUGCAGUGUAUUACUGAAUAAACUAUAUUACAGUAUCUCAAAAUACCUAGCUAAACCUGCCACUACCUGUCACUGUGCAGCCUGAAGCUAGAUCCACAGCUCAGUAGAUUGUAGUAGUUUACCUUUUCUUUACCUUCUGCCCUUCCUAAUAUUUAAAUCCUACAUUUACAACUUUCUAUGACAAUGUUAAAUUAAUACUACUUUUCAAGUGCUGAAGGCGUUGUUAGAUACUAUAAUUAGCUUUGUAUCCACACCAGGUGUUACAGUUUCAACUUGAAAUUGAAGGCGAAGCUUUAAGUACCUUAAAGAGAAAGAUUGCUAAUAGAAAAACUGAGUAUUUUUCACCAGCCGCUCUGAUCAGCAUGCUGGUGGUCAUUUUUUAAAUACGACAGAGGUCCAUUUUUAGGUGCUUGAUUGACAUGCUCCGUCUCGUGUGAUUAACACACUGGCCAGUUACUAAUAAACAUAAGGAACUAUGUUGUUCAGAUUUUUCAUCAGUAAAUAUUUUCCUUUAAAUCCAUGUGGCAAUAUUAGUGCUCAGAUGUUAACAGUGCAUUUGGCUAAUGGUGAUGUAUCUCCUCCAAUCAGCUUCCAGCAGUUAACCGCCUACUCCACCACACAUAUUCUGGCAACGUUAACCUCAACCUGAAAACAUGGUGUUGACCACAAAACCAUCACUGGCUUCAGUUAAGCUAUAAUGUAACAAUAAUGGCCGCAGUGAACAGCAUCAGCUUUUAUGCCCAUCUUUAUAUACAGUCUUUAUACACACGCUUGUGGAACAGCUAAAAGCUGGAAAAGCUUUUGACUGGAAAGCUGGAAUUCUGGAAUGAAAGUAGACGACUUCAAUCCAAAGAUAAUACUGACGGGGUCUGACCCCUGACCCUGGACACGCUGUCAGUGACUCGUGGAAAUGAAGCUGUAGCAACCACGCUACAAAGAAAACAGUCCUGAUUUAAUAAACCUGUCACAACUAUUCACAUUCCUCCCAAAACAUUCAGUUUGCCUUACUCCAAAAUAUACGGUUAGGGUAGGUCUACCACCUGCGAUCAGACCUUACCAGGAUAAUUAAUACAUAAGUGUUGUCCAUCUAAAGACUUCAAUUUUAUUUAUACAGCAUCAGAACCACAGCACUGUAAGGUAGACGCUCCAACAAUAAUGUUGGAUUAUUCACACAUUUAUCAGUUAUUACUGCUAGAAAUGGCCUUUUGCUGACCACAUGUUGGAAACUGAAAUACAGAAAACAAAUGCAACUAAAAAUUCAACUCAAAGUGCAAAAUGUACACCCCCACCCCCGAUCAGAGGUCACAGAGGUCACAGAGGUCACAGACUGCACUGCUGUGUUAAUGUACGCUUUGGGAAUAUGCUGCUUAAAUCUCUGUUAUGAACUCUGAGAUGUGUUGGAUGCACUCUGUGAGAACAGGAUGACGGGUCAGCAUGUUUCUGUGUUGCUGUGAUACUGUAUUAUAACCUGGAUCACACUGUACUGUGCACUCAGUGAUUGAGUCCACAUCCACACCUGGCUGCAGUUUUACUUUCAGUUGUUUUUGCAUUUAAUUUUGUUUAGUUUGGGAAAUAAAUUGAAUUUAGAUUUCAGAUGUUCUUCUCAGCUGGUGCAAAGGUCCGAUCUUCAGUGUGGAGUCACAGAUGUUUUCCUCAUGUGUUAUUUAUGUGUAUUAGUUUGUCUGCAUCCACAUUCACUCAUUUAUUAUUGCCAAAUAAAGGUGUGGUGAUCUUAAAUAAAGCAUAACUCCUGA